AUGACGGCGCUGGUGCGUGAGGUGCGGGAGCGCCUCUCCCGCGAGCACCUCGAAAAGGCCCGCGCCCUGAAGGCUGACACCCCGGAGCAGGCCGAGGAGGUGCUGCAGCACCUCUCGCUUUCCAUCAACUACAACCCCAUUUUCGUCAGCGCGCUGCUGCUCCGCGCCCAGUUGGCGGCCCGACUCGGCCGCUACGAUGCGGCCGUGGCGGACUUCUCGCUGAUACUACAGCUGGAGGAGCACGGCCUGGACCGCCGCCGGCUCGCGGCGACGUACGGCGCCCGCGGAACCGUGUUCCGCAAGAUGAACAAGGUCAUGGAGAGCAUCUUAGACUUCUCCCGAGCGGUGGAGGUGGAGCCCGAUAACGGGACCUGGCUGUAUGAAAUAGGCGUCGCCUACUCCAUGCAGGGCAGCCGGGCGCUUGCGCAGCACUUUUUCACCAGCGCACUGGGGGAGAAGGUGGCGGGCCGCAUGACGGAACCCGUGCGCUUCCGCACCUUCAUCUCGCUGGGGACGUGCAAGCUGACCGCGGGCGACGUGAGUGGUGCGGAGGCGGUUCUGACACGAGCCCUAGAGAUCCAGCAAACGGCGUCGUUGCACAACCUUCUUGGCAUUGCCUGUUUUAAGCGUGAGGAUUACAAGCUGGCGGCGCACAAUUUUCAACGGGCCUUGGAACUUGACCCGCUCAGCAGCGAAUAUUACAUAAAUCUCGGUGUCUGCUGCUUCCAGAUGGGUGCCAUGGCGGAUGCCCUAAAACAUUUUGGGGGUGCCGUGCUUAGAGGCCCCAAGCGCGCCGUACACCACUUCUUCCGUGGGAACACAGAACUUGUGCUGCAACUGUACCCACAAGCCAUCACAGACCUGAAUGAGGCGAUUGCGCUGGAUCCCUCACGUGAGACACACCACUACGCCAAGGCAUUGGCCUUUGUGGAGGAAACUCGGUUCGAUGAGGCGCAACUGGAGCUGCAGAGAACUGUGGAGUUGAAUCCCAGUUUUCGUGCCGCGUGGGUGCAUUCCGGCCUGCUGAAUUUUUUAAAGGGCGAUUCAUUCGCCGCCCUUGAUUGCUUCACGCAGGCACUAGAACUUGGGGUUGCGGAUGCGCUUGUGCACGAAUAUGUUGGACUGGUGUAUUGCACGCUGAAGUACCACGACCUCGCGGUGGAGUCCUUCACGCGGUGUAUUAGUCUGGUUCCGGAGAACCCAGUGUUUUACUUCCGUCGCGGCGUUGCCCUGAUUGAAUGCGGCGACUUCCACGGCGCCUAUCUGGACCUGCACGAGGCGGUGCACCAGCACAAGUUUAAUGACGCACAGACGUUGCACUCUCUUUCCGUUGUGUUGAGUAGGCUGGGCCGACACGCGGAGUCGCUGGAAUACGCAAAUAAGGCGAUUGAAUCAAAUGGGAAAAAUUGCAUCUACCUGCUUCAACGGGCGGAGUGCCUGUACACCUUGGGGAACUACGCCGAGGCCCUCAACGACGCCGCGAGCGUGCUUCAGCUCGGCCACGAGAGUGCGGAAGUGUACUACUUGCGGGGGCGCUCCCACUACGCGCUGCACGCUUUCCAGGAUGCGACGGAGGACCUGUUGCGGGCGGCCAAGCUGCAGCCGCCGCUGAAUGAGAGUGCCGACUACUGCUUCGCCCUUGGGGAGGCCCACCUGCACACUGGGCAUAAUUUUAGCGGUGCCGAGGUGGCCUUUACAAAGGCCAUCACCGCCCACCCGAAGCCGCCGUCGUUCUUCUUUGAUGAGCGGGCGAAGGCGCGUCAACGCCUGGGCGACGCAGCGGGGGCGCUCGCCGACCUGAACCUUGUGCUGCGCGAGGACGCGAGUGACCCGACGGUGCUGCUUCGACGGUCCUUUGCAAACAAGGCGCUCCGGCAGUACGAUGCCGCGGCAAGAGACUUUGAGAAGGCGAAGUCGAUGGACGUCGCCAGGGAGGCGUUGAUGUGUGUUCCGUAUGAGAAGUUCUUCACGAUUGAUGAAAUCUUGUGGGACGUCACUGAGUAA